AUGUGUGAUGAGUGUUCAUUGUUCGCGCCGCGACUGCCUUUACAAGGCUAUUAUGACGAAGUGCGUAUCUGCCGAGACUGUCUACCGAUAAAAAUCCAAGUUUCAUCGCUGAAGCCGGGUACUAGCGUGUUAGUGUACGGCAUUGUAGUCGGCCGCGUGCUCUUCUCUGACGCAGUUUUAUCAGCGAACCGCAUCAAGAACACCAUUCGCCGGCACCUUUCAUACUCCGUGUUCCGAGCACGACUGAAUUUCAACACGUGGAACUUGCUGGAAGCGCUGCAGGAGCAGCGAACGAUAAUGAUGAUGCGCUUCGUCAAGCAGUCGACAAGUAUCAACGACUUGCCCUCCAUGGUUCCGUUGCUCAGCUCAUUUAACUCGAUGCAAGUUCCCUACAGCGCCCUCCCAGAGAAGGAACACAUUAAAGCCUCUCUUGCUCACUACCGAGGCGUCCGCGUGCUGUUCCCGUUGCGACUAAACACAGUAAAAAGAUUGAUCAACCAAUUCCGCAACGGAAUUCUGCUGCAUCCCGUCUUCAUCUCCGAUGAAUUCGAUUCAGCUCCCUCCAGUGUGAAACUUGUUGUCAUGGGGGACCUCCAUGGACAGUUAGAAGAUCUACUGAUGAUUAUGGAAGACUGCAGAGUGCCCAGCAGCAAGACUUGGUACCUUUUCAACGGCGAUUUCGUGGACCGCGGCGCUCACGGAGUUGAAAUCAUGCUGUUGCUGCUUGCUUUCAAGCUGCUGUAUCCCGACUUUGUAUUCCUGAACCGUGGCAACCAUGAAGAGCGCAUGAUCAACGAGAUCUUCGGGUUCAAAGUAGAAGUGUACUCGAAGUACGGCAGCGAAAGCGAUGCCAGUGGCGGGUGGAGUGGGCUGAGUACAUCAGCCAAUUACUCCGCGACGAAGCUCUUUCAGUUGUUCGAGGCUGUCUUUGACUUGUUCCCGAUCUUUGCACUGGUUAACAGGCGGGUCUUUGUUGUUCACGGAGGGUUAAGCAACCACGAGAACGUAAUGAUUGAGGAGCUGCUCCAGUUAGAUCAUCGGGGCGAACCAACACAGGGAACAAGCCGCGCAGACGAGCUGCUGAUGCAUCUCUUGUGGAGUGACCCUUGUGGUGAAGACGGCUGGCAGCCAUCCAGCCGAGGGGCUGGAGUGGAGUUUGGUCCUGACAUCACGAAAGCAUUCUGCAAGAGAAACGGAAUCAGUUUGAUUAUCCGGUCGCACGAGUGCCGACAGGAAGGCUAUGACAUAGUUCAUGACGGCCUCCUCCUGACGGUAUUUUCAGCAUCAAGCUACUGUGGUUCUCAAAUCAACAAGGGGGCCUAUGUGCUGCUAGAAAGGGGCGAAGACAACGAGAUUCAGCCACGGGCCGCUGGGAGGAACGAGUGGCGGGAGAAAGCUCGCCAUUUGGAGCAGCGGACUCUGCUGUCGCUGUUGAAGAUCAUCUGCGAAAACCAACACGCAUUGAUGUUUUCUUUCAGGCAGUGCGACCCGGCGAGACGUGGGUUGUACCUCCGAAGUAUUUUGGUACCUGAGCGCUCACCGCAGCUGUGA